GCUCAAGGUUAAGAAAAAAUCGAGAAUUUACCUAUUAACAUUUACAUUUUAACCAACAAAUAUAUUCGAAGGAGCAUGGCAGCAAACAGCAUAGCCGACGAUGCCCUUGAGGCUUUAAAGUCUGUAGUCCAAUCUACAACAAGCCUCAUAUCGCAACUUGAAGCCCUCCUCCAUUCGAUAGCAUUAAACGAAGCGUCUUCAACAACAACAACUACUACUACAACCCCGCCAUCGUCAUCAUCGUCGCCGAAUCCCGUGUCAAUCGAUCCUCUAUCCCUAGCUCACGACUCAGCAACCUUAAUAAAGGCGCAUACAACCAAAUUAUCUCUUCUCAUUAUAAAUGAGCCGUUCACGCCCUCCGCCACAUCCAAAGUCCUCCGCGAGCUAGUCGCAGGUCCAAUACCAGCUUUGGCUUCUGCCGUUCAGGUGUGCGAUGUCGACAAGUACACCUUAGUAGCUCGCCAAGAUCUCGCAUGGCGAUGCUAUCGUGUACUGAAGGAGCUAAAGAAUCUUAUAGGGAUCAUACCUCUAGACGGAAAGAUUCUGGCUGGUACACAGAAAAACGGGGCUAAGGGGGAUAGAGGUAGCUUGGCCGCCACAGGUGUUAUCUGGGCCGCUUGUGACGAUGUAAUCCUGCUGAAGAAGCUAGGAAUUGCAGGAUUACUUGUAAAAAAGGUGGAAGAAUAUAGGGAUACGCUAAAAGACAUACUUGAGGAGCUCAAGGAAUAUAGUGAAGAGGUUGAUGAAGACGACGAUGACGAUGGUGAUGCCGACGAAGCGGAAGAAGGCGGAGUUAACAGCGUCACAGACCAAAUGCAAAACACACACAUCUCGACACAGGAGAUGCUCGACGAUCUUAUGAAUCCUCGCCACAUUCCAAGGGGCGACCCAGACAAAAUCCGGGACCGGCUUGGAUCUUGCCUAAAGCGACUACGCUUGACCACUUUGCUCUAUACGGCUAUCAUUAAGAGGCGGCUGAAAUUAAUUCCGCCAAUACCCACGACGACGGCGCAAUUGUCAGUCACAAAACGUCUUGAUGAGGUAUUCCCCGUAUUAAAAAGACUACCGCAUCGAUUUGGCGAGGUUGCUUGUGCCUUUUACGAGUUAGAUCGCAACUCUAUAGAUCGCACGAUGGACUCUUGCUUCUUUGAUGCAUUUGCCGCGUCAGAAAUGUUAAUGAAGUCGUGGGACGGCCAGAGAGACGAGUUUACGGAAUGGGCAGAUAAAUUCCAAGUUGGCAUUAAAAAACCGGACUAAGGAACUGUAUCACUGCUGAUAUAUAGACAUGCUGAAAAAAAAAUAUAUACAUUGCUCGUCAAGACGGACUCAAAAAGGAACUUUUCCCAAAACAAGAAGAGAUUAUAUCACGAAAUCUAAUGCCGAUAAAAUGCAGA